GUACCUGUAGUACCUGUAGUACCUGUAGUAGCUGUAGUAGCCGUAGUAGCUGUAGUAGCUGUAGUACCUGUAGUAGCUAUAGUAGCCGUAGUAGCUGUAGUACCUGUAGUACCUGUAGUACCUGUAGUACCUGUAGUAGCCGUAGUAGCUGUAGUAGCUGUAGUACCUGUAGUAGCUGUAGUAGCUGUAGUACCUGUAGUAGGUGUAGUAGCUGUAGUAGCUGUAGUAGCCGUAGUAGCUGUAGUAGCUGUAGUAGCUGUAGCACCUGUAGUAGCUGUUGUAGCCGUAGUACCUGUAGUAGCUGUAGUAGGUGUAGUAGCUGUAGUAGCUGUAGUAGCCGUAGUAGCCGUAGUAGCUGUAGUAGCUGUAGUAGCUGUAGUAGCUGUAGUAGCUGUAGUAGCUGUAGUACCCGUAGUACCCGUAGUACCUGUAGUAGGUGUAGUAGCUGUAGUAGCUGUAGUGUAGCCUGUGUAGUAGCCGUAGCCUGUAGUAGCUGUAGUAGCUGUAGUGCCUGUAGUAGCUGUAGUAGCUGUAGUACCCGUGGUAGCUGUAGUACCUGUAGUAGUAGGUGUAGUAGCUGUAGUACCUGUAGUAGCUGUAGUAGCUGUAGUAGCCUGUAGUACCUGUAGUAGGUGUAGUAGCUGUAGUAGCUGUAGUACCCGUAGUAGCCGUAGUAGCUGUAGUAGCUGUAGUACCUGUAGUACCUGUAGUAGCGUAGUACCCGUAGUAGCUGUAGUAGCUGUAGUAGCCGUAGUAGCUGUAGUAGCCGUAGUAGCUGUAGUACCUGUAGUACCUGUAGUAGUAGUAGCUGUAGUACCUGUAGUACCUGUAGUAGCUGUAGUAGCUGUAGUAGCUGUAGUACCUGUAGUACCUGUAGUAGUGUAGUAGCUGUAGUAGCUGUAGUACCUGUAGUACCUGUAGUAGUAGGUGCCUGUAGUACCUGUAGUAGCCUGUAGUAGCUGUAGUAGCUGUAGUACCUGUAGUACCUGUAGUAGCCGUAGUAGCUGUAGUAGCUGUAGUACCUGUAGUAGCUGUAGUAGCUGUAGUACCUGUAGUAGGUGUAGUAGCUGUAGUAGCUGUAGUAGCCGUAGUAGCUGUAGUAGCUGUAGUAGCUGUAGUAGCUGUAGUAGCUGUAGUACCUGUAGUACCCGUAGUAGCUGUAGUACCUGUAGUAGGUGUAGUAGCUGUAGUAGCUGUAGUAGCCGUAGUAGCCGUAGUAGCUGUAGUAGCUGUAGUAGCUGUAGUAGCUGUAGUAGCUGUAGUAGCUGUAGUACCUGUAGUACCCGUAGUACCUGUAGUACCUGUAGUAGGUGUAGUAGCUGUAGUAGCUGUAGUAGCUGUAGUAGCCGUAGUAGCGGUAGUGCCUGUAGUGCCUGUAGUACCUGUAGUAGCUGCAGUAGCCGUAGUAGCUGUAGUAGCUGUAGUACCUGUAGUAGCUGUAGUAGCUGUAGUACCUGUGGUAGCUGUAGUAGCUGUAGUAGCUGUAGUAGCCGUAGUAGCGGUAGUAGCUGUAGUACUUGUAGUACUUGUAGUACCUGUAGUACCUGUAGUACCUGUAGUAGCUGUAGUAGCUGUAGUACCUGUAGUAGCCGUAGUAGCUGUAGUAGCUGUAGUACCUGUAGUACCUGUAGUAGCUGUAGUAGCUGUAGUAGCUGUAGUAGCUGUAUUAGCUGUAGUACCUGUGGUAGCUGUAGUACCUGUAGUAGCUGUAGUAGCUGUAGUAGCCGUAGUAGCUGUGGUAGCCGUAGUACCUGUAGUAGCUGUAGUAGCUGUAGUAGCUGUAUUACCUGUAGUAGCUGUA